AUGGGAAAGAGCAGCAAAGAUAAGAGGGACUUGUACUAUAGAAAGGCCAAGGAGGAAGGAUAUAGGGCUCGCUCUGCUUUUAAACUUCUCCAGUUAGAUGAACAGUUUCAUUUUCUUGAUAACGUUACCAGGGUAGUGGAUCUUUGCGCGGCACCAGGGUCCUGGUCGCAAGUGCUUUCAAGGAGGUUAUUCGAUGACGAUACUGAAAACAAUUCUUCAAAACGUAUCGUCGCCGUAGACUUGCAACCAAUGUUCCCAAUUGACAACGUCACCACAAUACAAGCUGACAUAACUCAUCCGAAAACAUUGAAUAAAAUUAUGGACCUUUUUGAAGGUGAGAAAGCAGACUUUGUUUGCAGCGACGGUGCACCAGAUGUUACAGGUCUCCACGACCUUGACGAAUACGUACAACAGCAAUUGAUUUUGAGUGCCCUGCAAUUAACAACGUGUUUACUUCGCGAAGGCGGCGUAUUCGUGGCCAAGAUUUUUAGAGGCAGAGACAUAGAUAUGCUUUAUUCACAGCUGAGCUUCCUCUUUGAACGCGUAGUCUGCGCGAAGCCUAGGUCAUCUAGAGGAACAUCACUUGAGAGUUUUAUUGUGUGUCUAGGCUACAGACCACCAUCUGACUGGAAGCCGCGUUUGGACGUAAACAUGUCUGUGGAAGACUUCUUCCAGGGGUGCGAUAUUGGUAGACUGACCAUAGAUGAUGAAAUCCCAAACUACCGCGAGGAACCCCGAAGCAUAGCUGAAUUCAUUUCGUGCGGCGGCCUUGAUAGUUUUGAUUCAGACGCCACCUAUCACGACGUGCCUGAAAACACGACAGCACUUGAUCCAGUACAACCGCCAACAAAUCCCCCUUACAAGCGUGCGCUAGAACUAAAACGCCAAGGUAAACUGACAAGAGCAGUUUAA